AUCACCACGAGAGGGAGCAAGACCGCUUGGAAUGAAGUUUCUUUGAAAAGUGGUAGGAGACUGAGCAACGAUGACCGAGAACCAGAAGAUCUGGUGGCAGUAUUGGACUGACAUCACCAAUAUCAAGCCUUUGAAUGUCAUGAGGGUCCCUCACGAGCCCUACGUACGACCAGAGGAGCAGGUGCUCAUCAACCGCCGAGACAUCACUCCUACGAAGGAUGCCUGGGACAUGCAGGAGUUCAUCACGCGCAUGUAUAUCAAGCAGCUGCUCCGACACCCGGCCUUCCAGCUGCUGCUGGCCACGCUGCUGCUGGUCAACGCCAUCACGAUUGCGCUCCGCACCAACUCCUUCCUUGGCCAGAAACACUAUGAGUUGUUCUCUACCAUAGAUGACAUUGUGCUGACCAUCCUUAUCUGUGAGCUGUUCCUCGGCUGGUUAAAUGGCUUCUGGAUUUUCUGGAAGGACGGCUGGAACAUCCUCAACUUCAUUAUCAUCUUUAUCUUGCUCGUGGGGUUCUUCAUUAAUAAACUCAGUGUCAUCGCUAUCACCUACACCCUCAGGGUGCUUCGUCUGGUGCAUGUGUGCAUGGCGGUGGAGCCUCUGGCCCGGAUCAUCCGCGUCAUCCUGCAGUCGGUACCCGACAUGGCCAAUAUCAUGGCUCUCAUCCUCUUCUUCAUGCUGGUCUUCUCUGUGUUUGGGGUCACUCUCUUUGGUGCUUUCGUGCCUAUGCAUUUCCAGAACAUGCAGGUUGCCCUGUACACCCUCUUCAUCUGCAUCACCCAGGAUGGCUGGGUGGACAUCUACAAUAACUUUCAGAUGGAGACGAGGGAGUACGCAAUGGAGAUUGGGGGUGCCAUCUACUUUGCCAUCUUCAUCACAAUUGGUGCCUUCAUUGGUGUCAACCUCUUGGUUGUCGUGGUGACCACCAAUCUGGAGCAAAUGAUGAAGGCAGGAGAGGUGGGCCAACAGCAUCAAGUAACUUUCAGUAAGACAGGCGACGAGGAGAAGGACGGGAAUAACGAGCUGCCACUGGUGCACUGUGUGGUCGCCCGUUUGGAAAUGUCUGGCCUCCCCCAGGAGCCGCUUAUGGGGGGCCCCCUGCCGAACCUCUCGGAAAACACAUGUGAUAACUUUUGCUUGGUGCUCGAGGCAAUACAGGAGAACUUGAUGCAGUACAAGGAGAUCCGAGAGGAGCUCAACACGAUAGUGGACGAAGUACGCUCCAUCCGCUUCAACCAGGAGCAGGAGGAGGAGCUGCUGCAAAAGCACUUGUCGCUGAGCCCGUCCAUGGACAGCGGGUCCUCCCUGGACAUCCGUGAAGUGACUUUCCAGCAAGACUUGAUCACCGCACUCGUCACCAGGGAAAAGGUUCAGGAAUCCAACACAAACGUACUCCUUAACAAACACAAGGCCAGCCGCUGAAAGGGCAGGAUGGGAGCCAAGGGACCUGUGCACACACACGCAGCCGCUGCAUCUUCCUGCAUCCCUAGCAUGACUUGGCACAGCCUGGCCUGAGCCUGUCCUCUCCCUUAUGCCUGGGCAGAUGCCUGGGGCUGUGAAGGGGAAGGCCUCUCUAGGGCUUGUGCCUGCAAGGUCCAGAAGAGCCAGGAUGGAGAAGGAUGCUGGAUGAGUGUGGGAGCCCUGCAGCAAGGAUGAGCACAGAAGUGGGGUACUGGCCAAGGCAGCGAGGAUUUGUCCUAAGGAUGGGCAUUCCUGGCCUCCUGCUCUAGGCCAGAGCUAGAAGGGGCCUAAGUGGGCCCAAGCACCAAGAGGAGAAAGGUGAGGCCAGUGGGGCCGGGCAUCUGUGUGUUGAUAAUAAAGUUUUGUGUUGAGAUCAA